CUUGGAGAGGGAGGGUGGGUGCGUUCCCGCAGCAACAGGGAAGAUGGCAGCUCUCACAUCUCUCACCCAGCUGUCAAGUGGGAACCCUGUGUAUGAGAACUUUUACAGACAGGUGGACCCUGGGAAUACAGGAAGAGUGGGACCAACAGAAGCUGCCUUGUUCUUAAAAAAGUCUGGACUCCCUGACAUUACUUUGGGAAAGAUCUGGGAUUUGGCCGAUCCCGAUGGAAAAGGCUAUCUGGACAAACAGGGGUUUUACGUAGCUCUGCGGCUGGUGGCCUGUGCUCAGAGCGGCCAGGAAGUCAGUCUGUCCAGCCUCAACCUCACAGUCCCUCCCCCCAAGUUUAAGGACACCAGCAGUCCAUCUCUAAGCAGCACAGCUUCUGCCUCUGGUGAAUUACACUGGGCUGUCAGGCCCGAGGAGAAGAGUAAAUUUGAUGGGAUCUUUGAGAGUUUGGCUCCAGUCAAUGGCCUGCUGUCAGGGGAGAAGGUAAAACCAGUCCUAAUCAACUCCAAGCUACCUCUGGAUGUCCUUGGGAAGGUUUGGGACCUGAGUGACAUCGAUAAAGAUGGCCAUCUGGACAAAGAUGAGUUUGCAGUCGCUAUGCACCUGGUGUACCGGGCCCUGGAGAAGGAGCCUGUUCCUGCGCUCCUCCCCUCUGCCCUCGUUCCUCCAUCUAAGAGGAAGAAGAGUCUAGGCUCAGUGGCCAGCUCUGCGCCAGGGCUACCUGCAAGCCCUCCACCACCAAAAGACUCACUACGCUCAACACCGUCCCACGGCAGCAUGAACUCACUCAACAGCACUGGUAGCCUGUCACCCAAACACACACUCAAGUCUGGACAGCAUUCAGUGAACUGGGUGGUCUCAGUGUCAGACCGCAGUCGCUAUGAUGACAUCUUCCUGAAGACUGAUGCUGAUCUGGACGGUUUUGUCAGUGGACAUGAAGUAAAGGAGAUCUUCAUGCAGUCUGGACUUACUCAGAAUGUCCUCGCCCAUAUAUGGGCUCUGGCAGACACAAGGCAGAUAGGCAAGCUGACCAGGGAGCAAUUUGCCCUUGCCAUGUAUCUCAUCCAGCAGAAAGUCAGCAAGGGAAUCGACCCUCCACAGGCCCUGACUCCUGAAAUGAUUCCCCCGUCGGAGAGAGGCACUCCUGUACCAAGUAUGUCAGGAUAUAUGACCCCAGUGGGAUCAGAGAUGGCUGCUCUGUCAGAGAUGAGACGGGACAGCUCUAGUUCAGUAGGUUCUGGGGAGUUCACUGGCAUCAAGGAGUUGGAUGACAUCAGCCAGGAGAUAGCCCAGUUGCAGAGGGAGAAGUACACUCUGGAGCAGGACAUCAGGGAGACAGAGGAGGCCAUCAGACACAAGAGUGCAGAGGUGCAGGAGAUGCAGAAUGACUUGGACAGAGAGACAGCCAGCCUGCAAGACCUGGAGGCACAGAAACAAGAUGCCCAGGACCGCCUGGAGGAAAUGGACCAGCAGAAACACAAACUAGAGGACAUGCUGAACGAAGUCAGGAUGAAGUGCCAAGAAGAGUCUCAGAUGAUCUCAACCCUCCAGAGUCAGAUCCACUCUCAGGAGUCUGAUUUGCAGAGCCAGGAGGAGGAGCUGAGCCGGGCAAAGGCCGACCUUGGCCGGCUGCAGCAGGAGGAGAACCAGCUGGAGCAGAGCCUUGCUGCUGGCAAGGUCCAACUUGAGACUAUCAUCAAGUCUCUGAAGGCCACACAGGAUGAGAUCAACCAGGCUCGUAGUAAGUUGUCCCAGAUUCAGGACAGCCAACAGGAAGUGUCCAAAAGCAUUGAGCAGUACAACAGCACCUUGAACGGAACCCAUGGAGGCAGUAUGACCAACCUUGCUGAUAUGAGUGAGGGCUUCAGUGACAGAGAGAACGGUGGAUUCCCAGCCAUGGUGAGAGCAGCACAGGAGGAUCCAUUCAAAGUGAAGCCGUCUGUGUUCAACAGUCAGCCUCAGGAGCUUCACACUGACCCCUUCCACUCUGAAGACCCCUUCAAAACAGACCCGUUCAAAGGUGACCCUUUCCUAAAUGACCCUUUUGCAAAGCAGCCAUCAGCAACCACAGAUCCUUUUGGAGGAGACCCGUUUAAAGAGACCGAUCCUUUCAAGGCUUCGUCAGAAGAUUUCUUCAAGAAGACCACAAACAUGGACCCCUUCUCCACACCAGAACCAUUCAGUAAAAGUGCCACAUUACCCUCCAAGCAAACAAGUCACUUUACAAGUAUCGACCCAUUCUCUUCAAGCAACCCAAAACCCAAAGGACCAGACCUGUUUGGCACGUUGGACCCGUUUGGCAGCACUUCAUUCAACAGCAGCAAUAACAGUUCCGCUGGAUUUGCAGACUUCAGUCUCAUGUCGAAGCCCAGAGACCCUUUUGAAGGCAGAGCCAGCUGGCUGCCAGACUACCAGAAGGCGGUGUUUGCUGACGACCCAUUCAACAGGAAGAAUGAUACACCAGCUCUACCACCGAAGAAAAGUGUUCCCCCAAGGCCCAAACCACCUAGUGGUAAGAGUACACCAGUGAGCAUGUCUGGCACAGCUGACCCUUCCAAACCAUGUGACCCCUUCCAGCCAUUUGGCAGUGAUGACAUCGACCCAUUUCAGAGUAAAAAGGGCCUUGGUGACCCGUUCAGUGGCAAAGACCCUUUCGCCCCAUCAUCGGCAUCAAGUAAAGCCCCUAAAGACUCUACCUUGGGUUUUGCAGACUUCAGUUCUUUCGGGAAUGAGGCCCAGCAGCUGGAGUGGGCGAAGCGAGAGAGUGAGCGAGCAGAACGCGAGCGGCUGAAGAGGCUCAGACAGCAGGAGCAGGAAGACCUAGAACUGGCCAUCGCCCUUAGCAAGGCCGAGAUGUCCAACGCAUGACCUGGAACCUGUACCACACACAGAUACACAGACAGCGCGUAGACAGGCUAACAUACAGACAAACAUGACUGACAUCACAUCAAACAUUCAGACACAAAGCACAUCACUGGACUAACUCUCAAGCGUUCAUACAAACUCCAGUCCACACACACAGGACCUGGACUUCCAUUAUUUACAUUCCCCCACGCUCUAUGACUCAAAGAAUGGAAUGGAAAGGACUUUCAGGCAAACCUGGCUGCUGACCCUGCAUUUAGAAAACAAGCCAACAAAACUGAGGGCCGAGAACUCAUCACUGCAAAACUCUCCUACUGACAUGAAGAGAUGUAGAACUGUAGAACUGAAGAAUGAAGAAGGAGAGGAGGAGGAAGAGCCAAGAGGGGCCUGAUGGAAAGAAAUAGAAGCACUCUGUAUAUGCACUAUAGCGGCUGGACAGGACUGAGCAUACUCACUGACUGUUGUUGAUAUGGAACACCCCAACAGCUUGAAUUUCAGCUUGUUUUUCUUCUUCUUCACUCACAAUGUGGGGAAAUGGUUGUUGCUAUCAGUAGCAACAAGCAGCUGUGAAGAAAAAUAAUACUACAGUUCAAACUAAUUUUUUCCUGGUAUAUAGGGAUGACAUGAAUAUGUCAUUGAGCUACUGAUGGUAUAACUGUCUGUAAGUAUCAAGUGUUGAGUUGUUUUGCUGGUAAGAUAGGAUGAGGCUUUAAAUAAGUAUUUGUUUAUUGAGAGGCAUAUAGAGAAGACUAGAUCUGACACUCCUCAGGAUUGAGAAUUUUUAGUUCACAAUUUUCUCUCAUUCCUCAAUUUUUCUUUUGCUCAGGACAUUCUGUCAUUCUGUCAACUCAGUUAAGAAAUGAGUAUGUUGAUAGUUGAUUAUUUUUUUUCACUUCUGCUGGAGGAUAAAUGUUUCCUACUGCUGUAUGCUAAGAUGGACUAAACUCUGUAUUUGAUGUACAGAACUGAAAUUAAUUUUGAUCUUUCAUCUUACUCUGAGUUAAGUUGAAGUGUAUUUUCAGUUUUGAUUUCAUACUACUCCAGGGUGUAUGAUAAGAUUAGAGACUUCCACCCUUAAGUCCAGACAAGGCUGAAUUAUCAACCAGGCAAAGCAGGCAAUUCCUCAGGGGGCCCGAUGGCUCCAGGUUCACUGUUACCCCUUUUCCACCAACAUGGAACCAGUUUCAUUCCUAUUCCCGCACCUAAUUUUGAACCAUUCAGAGCAUUUCAGCCAAAAACAAAUUGUCUGAAAAGUUGGUUUUCAGCUUAAAUAAAAAAAUAGCAGGUUUUGCUUGAGCUGAAGUGCGAACCAUAAUGACAUCAGUGGGCGUGUCUUACACUACAGGUUGGAAAGAGAGGAUGGAGAAUGCAACAAUGAAGAAGUCAAGUGAGAAAUUGCAAAAGAGCAUGUAGUGGUCUCAUUAAUGGUUGGUCAGUGCUUGUUUUGGAGUAAAAACAUUCUUGUGAAUGCAGUCCUUUACGAACACCAUGAAGGAAUUUCUUCAAAUUUGGCACAAAUGUCCACUUGGACUUACCAGUGAACUGAUUAGAUUUUGGUGGUCAAAGGUCACCGUGACCUUGCAUCCAUCUCACGAUAACACGAUAUCUUAAGAACACCUUGAAAGUGGAAAAUGCAUGACCCUACUUCCACCAUACAUGCGUUUUUAGAUUUUUAAAACUUAACUGUUGAUGUUUCAAAGUUAAAAGUUGAGGACAAAAUCCUGGAGUUGAAAAAAGCCCUGUUUUUUUUUUUUGUUUUUUUUUUAACCUUUUUUUGUUUGUUUUUGUUUUGCACUCUUGUUGUGCAUGCUGGUUAGCUCAUGCAGACAGUUCAGUUUUGGCCAAAUUUUUAAUGAGAUGUAAUAUUAAGGGAUUUUGAUUAAAUAUCACCAUUUUAAGGUCAGAUUUGGUGAUGAUGUGUCCAAGGAAGGCAGAAACUUGAGAAUCCAGCAUUAAUUUCUGAUUUUACAAUUUCUGGCGAUGAUACAUGGUAUAAUUGGUGAAUUUUAAAGAAUACAUGCAUUUCUUAAAAAAUCGGCAGUAAAAAAAACAAAACAAAACAAAAAAAACCCCAACAACCAUAUAAACAUGUAUGCCCCUCCCCCAAGCCAAAAUAAAAAACAUAGGUCCCAACUCUAUGUUGAAAAAAUUAUUUGACAUGCCUCCCCCUUUUUGCACCAGACCCUUCCCCUCAAAAAUCAAGAACAGUCCUGAACAGAAGAGAAGUUAGUAGGUGAUCAAUAUAAUCCGCAAUUUUGCUACAAUCAUUUACUUCAGCCCUCUGCUUAAAACUGGUGGAAAUGUGGACUGUUUCAUUAGAAAGGGCCACGGGCCCAGGAAUUAUGAACAGAACCAGGUUCAAGAACCAGAGCUAAUUUGGUGGAAAAUGGGUAUGUGUGAUACUUAGUUUGUGAUCAUUUAUUUAUUCGCAGAUUUGUUAAGGAAUAUGCUAUGCAUCACUGAAGCACACAUCAUAAAUGGAUAUGAUAAGGGUGUCAAGGCACUUCUUCCAAUUUUUACCCAUUCAUGGUCAUGUGCUGUAGAGGGGCCCAGGUUAAAAUUGGUACUUCCUUGAUUUAGUUGCCCAUGUCUUUAAAACUCAACAUUAUUAUUAUUUAUUUAACACAGGCUUUCUCUUAUAAAUGGAAAGUCUCUGAGCCCAAGAUGAGACAACACCAGUGAUGUCACUAUGAUGUAACAGGGUUAUUUCCAACAGAGUUGAUAAGGCUCCUCCAGCUCUUGCUUUUUGCCCUGAGGAAUCAGUCAGUGCAUGUGUUUUUCUCUUUCAGGUUUGAGAUCAGCCAGGAGAGACACUCUCCUUCUCUGGCUCACUGGCUCCUCCCACUUCAUCCAGAUCAUUACACUGUUUCCCUCUAAUGUGACAAAUACCUGACGAAUGGAAAUAACAGCUUCAAAUGACAACAUAUCCUUUGAGAGACGGCAACAAAUUGUACAGAUCUAUUUUCUUUGUCUAUAAGAUUGUACUGUGGAGAUUCGCUGUGAUGACCUGCAGUACUCUCUCUCCCUCUGUCCAUGUAUAUAGAUAACAGAGCUAACUAUGCGUCUUCUUGACAGCUGUACUCUGAUCCCGAUGCUGUGAUGUCAAACCACAUCCAACAAAUGAAAGGCAAGAUGAGGGAAUUAUUUUUUCUAUAUUUGACCGUGUUUUCUUAGUAGAGAAUGAGGAUUUAACACAGUUUUCAUUAGCUGGUUAUUAUUUUAUUAUUUUUGACAUGUUUUUGUUUUAAAAGAACAUCCAAAUUAAUCUAGUGCUGUUUUAUGCUAUAAUUUGUAGUUGAAUUAGAGUCAGUGCCCUACAGACCAGCAGGCACAAGCUGCAGAGUGUUUGGAAAGGUUUUAAACCCGCUGAAAUCAGGUGUCAUUAGGCUGGAAAUUGGAAAUAUUAGAAGAAGUGCUAUUUCUGAUGUGUCAUAGUUUGAUGUUCAGCAUGGACUUAACCACUCACCUUGUUUUCUUCCGAGUUGUCCCCUUUACUUGAAGUGGUUACUGAUGUUUUGGUGAAGCAGACUGGAGUUUGCAUUCAUCUGGACUUAGUUUCUGAAGACUUGCUGUUUCACUUAGGGCCCUGCUGUUGUAAGUUCAAAUAUCAUGUUGUGUUUUAUAUAUAUGCAAGUCUGUAUUAAGUGUGUGUUCAUGACCUUCAGUCAGUGUUUUGCCAUGUGCAUGCCCAGCAGUUGUAUUCUGCUUAGAGCACAUAUGUUCUCCUAAAUGUCACUUUAGGGGUUGACAUGUUUUUGCUUUUUGACAUUGUUAGCGUUUAUUAUUGAGACCAAUUGUAACCACUAGCAGAGCUUUGCUCUCUGGUCUGUCAUACAUUGUAAUACAGCACUGGAUGUCUUCUGAUGGAACUCGAACAUUUCAGUCAGCUUGACGGUUUUCAGUUAAGGCUCAGACGCUCCAAACUGACAUCAAAGAACUAGCUGUGACAAAAGCUGAUUGUUGCGUCAUCUCAUGUCGUUGUGCUAGCCAGUUAGCACAUUAACAAUCCAAUCCGAUGUUGAAAGAACAGAGCAUAUCCACCGUGCACCAGUGACCAGUAACACAAAUCAUUCGGAAACAUUUCUGCUAGAGCUCAAUGGAUGAAGAAAAAUAAUCUGACCUCAUGCACUAAGUUUCUUGUGAUCUCACUUGACUAUAACUCUUUGUUUUUUUACUUUCCUCAGUCUGUUUCUCCUCUCAUGUGCUGGGCUGAACUGCCAAUCAGAGUGAUUUCAUUCAUCACUUCGUCGGCUGCACAGUGGGUUGAACAUGCAGAAUUGGCUGGAAAAAAAGCUGACAAGGGUCAAUGAGGGCCAGUAGUUCAGGACACACUGCAAAGACUAGGGCGACAGAUGCUCACCACUGGCCCUACAUUAACUGACGGCUGGCUUUGGCUUGGUGUGUCAGGAUCAUUAAGAGGAGUGUUAGAAUUUUGAAAACAUAAACUGACCUUAACAACUUCUAAGGUGAUAAAGAAACAAAAACAUUGGUGCUUCUUAAAGUCAAGGAUGCUUCCUUGAGAGGAUUGGUCCUUCCAAGUCAGGUCUUACAGAUGCUAGGUAAGAUUCCCUCCUAGCAUUUGGUGAACACACAUUGGAAUGGGCAAGCAAGUGCCUAGGUUUGCAUCAUUGAAGAGGGCGCCACCUUCAAUUCUGGCAAUUUGUGCGCAAAGGAUUGUGGGUAAUUCAUGCCCGCUGAGGAUACACGCAUCCUUGAAAAUCCUCUGAACGAAGGACUCGGUUCACGGUAUAAUUCAAAGGAUCUUUUACAUCGGAACAGUCUUUCAGCAACAAUUGAUGACAUGGCUUCCUUAAAAUUCAGCAGUUCAAGGAUCCUUCCUUGACUUUGAGAAGCAAGACAUGAUUUUGUAAAACCAAAGCUGGCUCAAGAUUUUUCUUCAUUCAACUAAAGGAGUCAGCUCAACAGAAGUUUGCACAGUGCUACCACUGGUAGCCGAAUAUACAACAGUUGUUGUCAGUAUUGUAUCUUUAAUAUAGCUUCCCGCCUUCAAUGGCAGCCCUGAGCACACAGCUGCUGACGAGAUUCCAGACUUAUCUGUAGGAUUUCAUAAUACAGGAUGAUGCCUCAUGAUUUGAUAUUACACUGUUUGUAUUUUUGUUUGUAUUGACCUAACCUCUUUCUGUUGCAGUUUUUUAUCUUAGACCUGCAUAAUUAGCCUAGUUAUAUUUUGCCUUAAAUGUUGCUACAUUGAUUGCCCAAUUUCAGGGGAGUUUAUACCCUAACAUUCUUCCCACAUGGAUUUUAUGAAUUCCUAAUUUACAGAAAUGUAUAGAUUCUGUCAGACACCCAUCCAGGACUGUGAUGCAUAGUGUGAUUGUCCUCAAGACCAGGGGCCUGUAUUAGGAAGCAGGAUUAAUGUCUUAGCAGGUAACUUCAGGGUUAACCCUAGGUUUUCGGUCUCACAAAGCCGGUUCAGUUCUUAUCGGGGUAGAUCACCAUGGUAACUUACUCUGAACGGCUAUCCUGCUCCGGAGCAGGGUAAGUUCAGGGUUGAAUCUGAUCCUAUUAAGAGCACCACCCACUGGCCAAUCAGCUGUUCGGAAAAAAAUGACUCCACUGGCAGAAAUGCAGCCCAGUCAUGACGGGAAGUUUAAUUCAUUUGAUUGAUUUUGAUUUGAAAGUUUAUUUUGAACAUUAAAAAAGAAAAGAAAGCAACAACAACAGACAAUGAAACGAUUGUUCAAAAAGGAGUGGAAAGAAGUCGAAAUUUCAUCCCACCCCUUCGUAAGAAAGAAACUGAUCAUUUGCAGACACUUAAUAGCACCAUUAAUUAGUGCCAACAUUUUUUUUGUUGGAGGAAAUGAUCCCUGUUAAAGAUAAUGGGCCUAAUUGACAGCUUUGCUGCUGGAAAUGUGGAAAGUAGCCUAUCAUGUCUAUACUUCAUGGUGUUUGAGGGAUUUUCUAACACAGCUCAAUAUCAGGAUGAUUGUAUUCAGACUAUCAAUUUGGUGUUGAUAUGAUUUAAUUAUGGCAUCAGCUUUAAGCUUUAUUGUAGCAUAUAUAACGUUAUGACAAAGAAGACCAAUUUAUCAGACGCAAUGAUGUUAGAUGAUAAUUGUAAUACACGGAAUUCAUCUGCGCAGCAUUGAUUUCAUGGGAUUCAAGGGUGUGAUCAGUGUCAGAGGUACAGGUACAGGUACUGUAGCUACUUGAACCAGUGAGUAAUUUAACCUACACAUAAUUUUAUUUGCUACCCUGUUUUGUCUUGAUUUUUCCCUUUCUCCUCCUCUAUUUCUUCUUUCCUGACCCGUUUUUUUUCUUCUCUAUUAUGUGAUUUCAUCAAUGUUUUGACAGGGGAAUUUCUUUGAUAGGCUUUUAGUGGCUUCUACCCUCUCCGGCACGUUUCUUUUUUUAAUCUUGUAAAUUUUAUACUGUCUGUUUUUAACAUUACGUGCAAAUAAACUAAUCUAAACUAAAACUAAACAUUAUUCAUCCCAUUAUGCGUUGCCACACGUUUCCUCCUCCUGCAGCUGCCAUGAUGUUGGCGUUUUCUGUAAUGUUGCUUUUCUCCUCCUCAUAUUUUAGUAGAAUUCAUCUCUGAUCCUCCCGAGAAAUACUUUUUUUUCCCUCACAUACGGUGCUCUGUGAGGACGCUCAGUGAUGCUGCGCUUCUCUCAUGAUUGUGAUUGGUCCGCUGCGUUCACGGUUCUUGAUAAAGCAACCCUUGGUUGAGUUACCGAGUUGAAAUCCAGCGUCGUGAUACCGAUUAUCCUGAUUGCCAUUGUUAGGGUUAGUCAACCCAGGAUAGGUCUGGCUAACCCAGGAAAGGUUGAUCUCGCUUCGUGAUACAGGCCCCAGGUCUCUGUAAAAUACCAACAAGCUGUAUUUUGGAUGGAUCUGUAGGACAAACAAAAUCAUUUCUAACCCAGUAAUUGGACAAGCAUAUUGUGAUGAAAAAAAUAAUACUAACUACUAAGAUAAUAUGUAAACUUUGUCUUGGAGUCAGGUCACAGCAGCAUCUGCAGAUGCUGAGAUGACCUUGUGUUAUUUUCAGUGUUUCAUUUGCUUCUCCAGUUACCACAUUGAAUAAGAUGAUGGUAAUGAGGAAGCCAGCAGUAUGACUGAAAUAUCGAACAGUAUUUUCCCCCAGAUGUGCUAUAUGUAUGGAACUGCCUUUCUGAGGGUAAAAAUGCUAAUAAUGUGAAUUCUCCCAAAUUGGACAGAAAUGCUAAAGUUGAUGUGUAGCCACUGACUUUGCUAGAUAGAAAUGUGAACUGCCUUUCCCUGCCAUGUUUUGUCUUGUUUACAUAUCAUGAAUAUUUACUUUGCUGUAGCUGUUACAAAAUGUGUACCUGUAGGGGAGCAGUGUCCAUGGUACAUGGUGAGCCUCACUAAGCCUUUCACAGCUAACACCUUCCAAACAGCUUCCAUUUACCUCACAGUCCUAUAACUCAUAGUGGCAUUUUGAGUCUUUGCCUUGCUCCUGUCACACUGUAGUGAGAAUGUUACUGUAUGAGGAACCUCAUUAUACCUGCUUUCAUUCCUCACUGAAACCAAAGGGUGUUGUUAGCUAUCAGCUAUCAGCUAACAAGGUAGCUUGAUGUCAGCUACUACCCGUUAGUUCUGAUAGGGAAUGCCAACACUGCUUUGCUUAGAGUGUAUUUAAGCCUAUGUUAAGUGUAAGAAUGGGGUUCCAACUAAUCACAUGAAAAGAGCAAAAUCAACAUGUUAGUCUCCCUCCUCCCCCACCCUGUUUUCGUUUUGUUUCUACUGACAACAUAUCUUAAAAGGGAUAGUUGAGAUUUCAUGAAGUGGGGUUGUAUGGAAUGCAACUCCACUUCAGACAGUAUAUUACAAACCGAUGUCAGUCAGGACACCCGCAAUUUGGAGAAGCAGGCUGGAGUCCAACAUUAAAAGCUAAGCAAUGCAAUGCUGUGGAGGGGUCAGUAACAGAACACAUUUUAUCCACCUAAAAAGCCCCACCUAAAACAAAAUCAAGAUCAGUUUCAGUGUAUGCUAUAAUGAGAAUAUUUUCACUGAUUUACCUAAAUGUAAGACAGUGAUUUCCAAUGGGAAAAUGAAGCCAUUAUAUCGCUCUCUUCAAAGCUAGACUCCAUUGAGAAAAACAGUGAUUUAAAAUUGCUGAACAAAGAAGCUGCUGGUCUACUACUUCCUCCAUCAGUUAUUUUGUUUGUGCUUUUGUGUGACUUUGGGAGAUAAAAAAGUGUUAGUUCAGAUUCACCAAAGUCACAUAAACACAAAAUAACUAACUGAUGGAAGCAGCAGUAGACCAGCAGCUCCUGUGUUCAGCAAGCUAAAAUUCCUUCUUUUGUCAGUGGAGUCUGGUGGCUUUGAUGAGAGCAUAGAUGGGGAGCUGUUACCCAUCAAAACAGCUGUCCGACGGAAUCAGUCUCAAUCUCAACCCAAGCCCGUCAGGUUCCAAAAAGUUUGAUGGGUUGGACUGGGUUUGGGCCAAAAAUUUGCAUUGAUUGGCCGAAUUGGGUAGGGCUCAGGCUAUUGGAGGGGGGGGGAUCUCUCUUUCUUUGUUUAAUUAAAAAAAUAGAAUAAAAAGUGAGCACUCUGAUCUUAAUUUAUAUAAUUAUUAUUUAUUUAAAUAUAAAACCAACACAGAUAUUAUACAUUGAUUGAGUGACUGAUUGUUUGAGUGAUUGAUUGAUUGGUAUCAUCUCUAGUUUCUUUUACUGUAGCCUGGUGGCUUUUGACCAAUGACCAGCCUAGCCCAUGCUCUCUGUCCUUCCUCCCAGCUGCAGUAGGGAGCUUCUCUGGCAGAGACAAACAGCGUUGACAGUCGGUGAUUCACCGAGCUGGUCCAUUUUCCACUGGAGACGCACGUGGCUUGUGCCGCCACACAGCUGGUGUGUCCCGGGCGUCAGAAGCUGACUGGUGUUUUUUGUGGUAGAAGGGCUUGGUUGGGCUCAGGCUCAGUAUUUCAUGUGAUGAUCUCAGACGGGCUAAGUUUUAGCCAAAUCUCACACAGGUUGGCUUGGUUCGGGUUGAAAUUUUUUUAGCCCAUUGAGACCUCUACUCAAGCCCACUACUUCAAACUGAGGGCAUGCUGACAGACAUCUAAUGCAUGAAAUACACUGACUAUGGAUAAGUUCCCUAUACAAACUCACUUUUCCAAUUCCAACUAUCCCUUUAAAAUCACGUCACCUUUUGUGGUCACAAGUAGAUAGUUUAUUUUGAAAAAAAAAAUAUGGAAUGAAAUUGCUAACAAAGCAAUUUUCAGUUAUCUAAAGCUCUAGCAACUUGUUCACAGCAGUGUGACAUGCACCAUGUGCAGCAAAAAAAGACUAAUAUUCAAAAUGUCCAAGUGUCCCCUUAAAUUUGGUUUCAGUGUGUGCUGCAUUUUGAAAGCAAAGCCUUUGUGAAACGUGUGAGCAGAAAUCUAUGAUGAAGACAUAAGACAAGUGAGUGUCACAGGAUACCUGGUACCUUCUGCUCUGGGAGGAGGUUUGGGCUACUCUUCUGUUGAUUUCUGUGUCAUUGUCAUAGAUUUGUUCCAGAGCAGAACUGUGACAUUCUGUGGUCAUAGUUACUUCUGUAUGAAUCAAUAUUUUCAUACAGUAUAAAUGGCAACAUCCAGGAAGCAGAGGGUUUCACAGAAUAUGUUACAGUAGUCACAUGAAAUGUUAAAUGCUGCCUCCCAGAAGCAAAACCAAUACUUGAAUAUUAGAAAGCACUGAGAAAAAACUCAUUCCUCAAGGUUGACUUACUGGUUUUCUGGAGCUUCAAACACAUCUUAUGUUUGAAAGCUUGUUUAAAAAAAGUUGAAGUUUUUUGUCAAAGUGCUGUUUCCAGGGUAUGCACACACUGAGAGCUAGUGCUGGAUGUCAUUUGGACCUUUUUGAUUCCAGUGGUCAAACCUGAGUCUUGGUACAGAAGAACAAGUAUAAAAACAAUACUGUUUAGUUCUUAGAUUUUGAUUUUAUGGACAAAUGUAAAUUAGUGAAAUUAAACUGGGUACUUUUUUCAUCACCAAGGUAGUUACAAUAUUAUAAAUUCAACCAGAUAUUUGGUGCCAAUCUAUGGUACUUGAAAAUUUUUGACAUUCACUGUUCUAGAGAUAUUUCAGUUGGUACCAAAACAUAUAGAUAGCCUAGAUGACACCUAGCCUGAUGUGAGCUGUGAACUUCUGUCUAUUCUUCAUGGGUUUCUGUCCACUUUUCUCUGACCUCAGUGUGUCCACUGUGUACUGCUUAGAGAGGUGAAUAACACCAGUACCAUCAUUUAUACUGUCAUCUGAUACCUCCAUUGUGCAAUCGAUAAUUAUUUUUAUUGUUGUUUUAUGUAUCCUGUGAAACCAGUUUGAUGUUUUUGAUAAUGUAGCAUAUGUUUUUAAUAUGAUUAUUUAUGCACCAGCAGCCACCUACUCCUCUGUCCUGACUUUUUUGUAGAACUUCAUGCUUUGAUUGCAUUCAACUAGCUGCAGAAUCUACAAACCUUUUUAUUGAUGCUUUUUAUCUAUUUGGGGGAAAAGAAAGUGGAUACAUAAAUUUAACAUAUUUUCUAAUUAACUAUAUUAGCGGUUAAGAUGAAAAAUAUGAAGAUUUACAACUUAAUUAUUCCUUGGUUAAAUAUUAAUUUCAUUUUCAAGUUGGUGGCGAUUUCAUUUUGGUAUAAAGCCUUUUAAUUUCUGUCUUACUGAAACACUGAUGCUUAAUAGUAAGCUGCCAAAACUGAUUUUAGAGGGACUUGUUUUAUUCUCCAUUCACUUUAUGUGUUUAUUCUCUAAAGCUUGUCGUUGCUGGGAAGUUUUUCCCCUGCCUUCAACUGCCCUUCCUCCGGUGUAGGUGAAAUAAUCUGAGCUGUCUUUAUUAAGAUGAUGUGUGUACAGUCUGUAUAGUAUCAUGUCUGAUAUAUUUGUCCUAUAAAAAGUGAAGAUGAAGACGAUAAUGUAACCUUGAUAAGGACAACAACAACAGUUUGGAGGACUGCUUACAGUUACAGUAAUAGCUGAGGAGAGAACAGAUGCUGGUUUAUUUUGAACAGUGAUCCUCUCCACAUGGUCUGUACUGUUUACUAGAAUAAACAUUUCCGUUAAAUGGCAAUGGACUGCUGCUUGACUCGUUACAGGUGACAGGUAAUUACUAGUAGCACAGGCCUAAAUAUCUGGACUUUUAGUGCCUAUAGGUGAAACUCCAGGAAUCACCUCUAUGUCUGGUUAGCUCCUAGGUCUCCACUACCCGGUUUGUAGCACAGGCAUUCUGUCCUAACUUUGUAGUUUUAAGCCCAAACAGAGAUGACCCAGGUUACAUCACUUACCCUCUAAGGGUUGGGGGGGUUUAUCCCAGCUGACAGUGGGAGGAAGCUGGAGUACCCAGAGAAAACACAUUUUGAUAUGGGAAGAACAUGCUAAAUUCACCCUGGGUAUGAACAGUACCCAGAGAAAACACAUUUUGAUACGGGAAGAACAUGCUAAAUUCACCCUGGGUUUGAACCCCCCACCCCAGAAACACUCAUGCUGUGAAGUGACAAUGCUAACCACUGCACCACGAGUAGUAACAGUGGCCCUCAUUUAUCAAACGAACAUACGCCGUAAUAAUAAUGGGUGUACGCUCAUUUCCACGCCAACUUUGGCAUUUAUCAAUUUGGACGUGAGCGUAAGGUACGAUCAAAUCUCACGUCAGGUCUCAGCUCGUGUAAGCAAAUUUGAGUCUGUGGACUUGCGGUGCAGCACAGCAAGAUCUGGCUGAGUCUGAAAAUAAUUAUUAAACAAACCUCAAACUUGUCUUCUAAGCAUAUGCAGCCACACAUUCAGUAGAUUAAAAAGGGAUUCCCAAAACGAAUUAAACAAAAUGAAAUAGCACUGAAUGAUUAUGCAUUCAUCAAUCGCAAAAAUUACCACUCUGUUAACUUAGAGGUAAUUUGUGAUGCCAGGCUAUCACUAAACGUGGUAGCGUAGUGGCCGAGGGUUGGGUUGGGGGGCGGCGCACGGCUACGGGACAGCGCACUGCAGGGCCGGUGUAGGCUAUUAAAUGACAACAUUUUGGUAUAGUUCUUACUCUAUGUGACAAAGGUUAUCCCCUCAAUAUCUUAUAACCCCGCUGGCAAACCCUGCCACAGAGCAUGAGCGCGGGUUUAACAGUGCGCACACACGCACACGGGUCACGGUGGAGCGCUGCUUCGGGUUGCUCAAGCGCAGGUGGCUCUGUCUUGGACCAGCGGGAGGAACGCUGCUGUAUACCCCAGAAAAGGUGUGCGACAUCAUUUUGGCCUGUGCAGUUUUGCACAAUAUUGCUUUAGAUAAUGGAGUGCCGUUUGAUGUGCCGGCGCAGCCAGAUGAACCAAUGCCCAGGGAACCGUGGCCAGCACAGCCUCCACUGGGGGGCUAUACGGAGGAGACAGGACCUCAUUCAUCGCUUCUAAAAUGUAAAGUAGGCUAUACUUUAAAGUUGUGUAAGUGCUCUACAGUAGGCCCAUUUAAUCAGUAAUGUAAUGCAAGUAUAGACUAUAAGGGUAAAGGGAUAUUCAAUACAGACAAUGGACAACAUUUAGUCAUUUAGCCUAAACAUUUUAUUCAGGGUUUUGUUUUUUUUUUUUAGAUUCUAGUUAAUUUAUUUUAGCGCGUUAUUAAUUGUCUCUAGCGUGCUAACUGAAGCCAAUAAAUGGCAUAUUUCUGUCUGCCUUUCCAGGACCUCUGCCGUGAUGACUGGCCAAGCACGGAAGGCGGACGGCACGCGCUCGCCUGCCUGGCUCGGUGGGACCGCUCUGGGGAGAGGACCUGGACGCCAUGCCGCUGGUGCCUGGCUCUGAAACAGCAUUUGAACAAAACAAUAAAAAUGUGUACCUGUGCAACACGUGUAAGCCUAUUUGUUUGGACAGUAGUGUACUGUCAGGUUAAAUUAACUAAUGCAAGUAAAAGGAGGGCUGUUACCGUUCUGCUCCGGCUCCGAUGCA